UCUUCGGCUGAAGGAUAAAAAUCAUCAUUAUCCUUAAGACAAAUAUCAUUGGUGGAAGAGACUUCAGAAGACAUUUUUCAAUAAUUUUUAAUAAAUUUUUAAAAAUCUAUAAAGUUUGUUUACAAUUUCGUGCUGUUUUGCUUUCAUAGAGAUGACACUCGGCUGUUUGUUUAUCUUUUCUUUGUAUAACAUGCCUGUUUUUAAAUUAACGAUAACUACUGCGAUAUGUUAUUAUUUCCAAGUGAAUGUUUCGUCCAGAUGUUUUCUUGUUCUUGACUUGUCAGUUUUUUUGAGGUUAUAUAAAAGCAAAUAGCAGAUUUUGCUUAAUUUUUUCCUACAAUUUUAAAGAAUUAUUUAUUAAUUAAAAAGUAAAUUAAUUGAACAUCAUGUCGGACUUUGAUAGCAUAUCUUCCAGCAGUGCUGACAAAGAAUUGCAAGAGUUCUUAAUGAUUGAAAAACAAAAAGCACAAGUUAAUGCUCAGAUCCAUGAAUUCAAUGAAAUCUGCUGGGAUAAGUGCAUAGGCAAACCCAGUUCCAAAUUGGAUAGUGCCACCGAAACGUGUUUGUCCAACUGUGUGGAUCGUUUUAUUGACACAUCUCUGCUGAUAACACAACGUUUUGCCCAACUAUUACAAAAACAAUCAGGUGGCAUGUAAUAAUAUUCUCGAAGAACUUUUUUAUUGUUUUUGCAGUACAACAUCCUGACCAAAAUAAUUAAAUCCGCUUAUUUUUUUGAAGAUUCAUAAACUGAAGGAAGUUUAUCUCAAUUUUCCUCCUCAAAAAAAAAGAACAGAAAUGCGGUGCAAUUUUUAUUUUGAACUAAAAUAGUUUUUUGUUAUUUUAAAAUAGUUCCAUUAAAAAAUAUAAGAAAUUACAACAAAAACAUAAA